CGUAAGCGUGUGUUGAGAGAGCGCGAAAGAGCUGAUGAGACUUUAUUCACAUCAAAUCUGUUGUAGUUUUUAAUCCUCACACUAUUCUGGAAGCAAUAUCGGGAUGAGGAUUUAUUUUCUCACUGGUCGCUUGACAGAAACAGAAAAGUAGCUCUGCCUUUUGGUGCAGAAUGAAGCGUUCCGAAUGGGGACCAGAUCCCGUGCCGCGGGCAUUGUGGAUGGCACUUUAUCAACUAUUUAUCGCCUGAAAAACAGAUGGAGUGUCAAUUUGACCACACGAACGGGGAAGAUGACUUGUGCUUUUUCUCUGUGUAUCCUCGUAUAUGUUUUGGAUUUAGCUGUUGGCUAUUUAACUGUCACUCUUGAGCCUCUCCCUCCCGUUGUCAUUGGAGACACGGUAACGCUCAAGUGCAAUUUCAUGACAGAUGGCAACCUGCGAGAGAUUGUGUGGUUUCGGGUGACAGAGGGUGGCAGUGCCAAGCAGAAGAUCUUCACCUAUGAUGCCAUGACCAACACCAACUUCUCCCAUAUGGAGGACUUCCGCAGACGAGAAGACUUGGUCUACCAAUCAACUGUCCGGCUCCCUGAGGUCCAGAUGGAUGAUGAUGGGCCUUAUGAGUGCCACGUGGGGAUCUACGACAAGGCCUCUAGAGACAGGGUGGUCUUAGCCUCUGGCAGCAUCGUGCUCACUGUCAUGGUUCCUCCUAAGUCCAUUUCUGUAGUGGCAGCAGACUGCCCGGCCCCCUUCAGUCGCUAUGACACCCAGAACUUCACUCUAGUCUGCAUCGUCAUGGGAGGAAAGCCAGCCCCUAUGGUGUACUUCAAGCGUGACGGCGAGCUGAUCGAGGUGGACCCCUCUAUUAUGGAGGGUGGCGGGGGCAAAUCCCAGGGCAGGGGCCAGGCAGGGCUACGGAUCUCUAGGCCCCCGAUCAGUAGAGACCUGGAUGACACCAAGCUGAAGAAGUCCCUCUCCCUGCUUGACCAGGGGAAGCCACCCCGUCUGGACCAUGACACCCCUGGGAAAGGAGGGAUGGGGAAGAUGGUAGGGGCCGGGAGGGAGCCAGGAAGUCUGGAGGGGUCUGAACCUAGCCCCACCACCCCGGAGGUGAUCCCAGAGACAGUGGUAAGCCGGGAGUUCCCUCGCUGGAUGCAGAGCACUGACCCGCUCUACUACUUCCAGCACCGGUGGCAGGUGUCCAGCGACGGCACCAUGGAGGUCAGAGCCAUGCUCACCUGGAGCCUCAACCCCCAGCUGGACAACGAGGCCCUGUACAGCUGCGAGGUCAAGCACCCAGCUCUGUCCAUGCCCAUGCAGGCUGAGGUCACUCUGUCUGCUCCCAGGGGCCCCAAACUGUCCAUGACGCCUGGUAAGGCUAAAGUAGGAGACACUGUCCGCAUUACAGUUCAGGGCCUCCAGAUCUCAUCCACUGGGAACAUGGUGUUCCCCGAGCCACUGUUCACCUGGACCAGAGUGGGAGGUCCUCUGCUGGACGGGAGAGAGGAUCAUAUUGGGAGGGAGCUGGUGCUGGAGCGAGUACCAGCCAAGCUCAACGGCUCCAUGUUUCGAUGCACUGCCCAGAACCCUCUGGGCUCCACAGACACAUACACACGGCUUAUCGUGUUUGAGAACCCCAGACUUACGAAGGGGAGACACAAUUUUGUUGUAGAUGCAGCCUAUUGCAAUGAGGGACUGGGGCUGACCACCAUGGUGCUAAUGUUAGCCCUGACAUGGGAGAUGACGUGAGCAGCAAAAUGGACCCAUGACCUUCUUCAGUCACUCUAAUCUCUCCAGUCUCUUCCUCGUCACUUACUUCCCCAUCUUCUGGAGUUCCAGCCACUGGACCUGAAGAAGCACUGUUCACUUUUCAUAAAAGCAACGUCUGAAAAUAAAAACAUUGUCAGAAAUAUGAGAGAUAAGAACUACAUGCAUUCUAACUCUCUUCGUGUUUGUUGUCUCUCUGCCUGUCUAACUGCAUGUUCCCUUUUCGUCUUGUCAACAUCCUACGAUCAGCUAUCACAGUGGCUAUGUUUUAUGGUUGACCCCAAUGUGUGUUAGAGGUCUUUUUAACCAAGUUGGUGUGGGCUGGCCCACAUUAGAUGCUUUUCCCCCAUCUUCCUGUUAUUUGAAGGCCAGAACACAAACAAUGUGACAUGUUUUUGAAAUAUCUUGGUCAGCCAGACCUUGAUUGAAAUAAAUGUUUGGUCGGAAAAAUAAUAAUUGAAAUAAGUAAAGAGCUGUAUAUUUUAGGCCAUUGGCUAAAAUGCUUGCAAUUCUUUAAGGAAAAUGUAUGGUCUGUGGUAGGCCUACUGGCCCUACUUUAAUGCACAGCCCAGUUUCUUUUACCAAUGAGAAAUCUUAGUCACGGAGCCAAUUGAUUCAAUGGUUGGAAAGAUGGGGAGAGGUCUGUCUGUGAUAAAGAGAUUUUUUUGACACCACACACCACAAAGCAAGGCCUGCAGGAUUUAUUUUUAUAUUAUGUUGAUUAUUGCCCCGUCAUGUGGUCAGGUGCUGCAAAGGAUCUAGAAAAACUGCAGCUGGCCCAGAUCAGAGCAGCAUGUCUUACUCUUCACUGUAAUCAGAGGGCUAAUAUCAAUACUAUGCAUGCCAGUCUCUCUUGGCUAAAAGUAGAGGAGACACUGACUGCAUCACUUAUUUUUAUAAGAAAUAAUGUGUUGUAAAUUCCAAAAUGUUUGCACAGUAAACUUACACACACUUACCCCACCAUAAAUGCCACCAGGGCUCUUUUCACAGUCCCCAAACAAAUUCAAGAAAACGUACAGUAUUAAAUAGAGCCAUGAUUGCAUGGAACUCCUAUCUCAGAUGGAUCAAAUGAACAGCGAACCUGGUUUAAAAAAACUGAUAAAGUAUCACUUCAUGGCACAAUGCCUCUGCUAUUUGACCUAGAUAUUUUGUGUGUAUGUACUGAAAUGUAAGCUAUGUGUGAUGUUUUUCAUUUGUGUAGUUCUGUCUUUGAGCUGUUAUUGUCUAUAAAUGUUCUGUAUUAUCAAGUUUUGUGUGGACCACAGGAAGAGUAGCUGCUACUUUAGCAACAGUUAUUUGGGAUCUUAAUAAAAUACCAAUAUUCUGCC